CUCCGGGGCGCAGCUCUUACAAGAGGGCAAGGCAAGCACUUGUCUGUACGAGAGCGUCCGAUUGCAAGCUAGUGCAUGUUACCUUUAUAGGUGACCUCAGUAUCGUCGCCAACUGUGGGAUUAUCUGUGCCUUACAGGAACCACAGAACAGAUAAUUAGUAGAUUUCCCAUCACUGGCUAGCAAGAUAUGUAAAGAAACGUCAACGUUUUUAAUUUUUUUUUUUUUUACCACCCAUGGACCACCCAUGGACACACACAAAUAAGAUCUAAAAUAGGAACACAUUUUUUCUCUUGUUACAAAUGUUCCCUGGUGGGUUAGGGUUGAACAGGAAGCGGUCUGAAAUGAUUUCUCCUCUUCAAUCCAUUUCCAUUACAGUUAUCAAGGUUCUGACCGCGUUUUGUUUACACAGUAGCGUACUGAGGUGUCAUCUUCACCUCUCAGAUGUUUCAGUCACAGCCUGACUGGUGGUGGUGGUCUUGUGGGUUUGUGCAAGGAAGGGUUUAAAUGAGACACCAAGACAAAACUCUUGACAGUUAUUGAGAGGAGGCUGGAGACGAUGGAAGGUUCCAGAUCGAUUCUGCCUUUAGCCCUGGGCUUUGUGCUCAUUUCUACAUGCGGUGCGCUGUGCUCUGACGAAGUCUGUGGCCAGAAUCUGAACGUCUGUGAGACCCACACAUUGCAGUUUGAACUGGGCUCAUCUGUGCUUUUUCCAUGCAACUUUGAUAUCGCACAAACAGCACAGAUUCAAUCUCAUCGAACACUGUUCCAUGAGAGGAAACAACAUUUCUCCAUCUCAUGGAAACACGACUUGAACAGCCUGGUUAUUUUUCCGUCUGUUGGCCAUGUUCAAUUUCUGCUCCCUGAAAGAGGCAGAGUCAAGGUUUUUCCAAACCUGGGUUCAAGAGGCAACUUCUCAAUCCGGAUCGACGGUCUGGUCUUUUCCGACCUGGGCUGUUAUUGCUGUGUGCACGCGGAGACGUCUGACUGUCACAGGGUGGAGCUGGUAACUGCUGAAGGUGCAGCGCCAGAAAAAACCGUGUGGUUUCCAGUUUCCAUCUUCAUUGUCACUGCAGCUCUGCUCGUGUUCAGCUUCUUCAUCUACAACUUUUACAGCUGCAAACAAAGACACAGCGCCGACAGUCCUUUAGCUGGAGGAACUCAGGCUUGGGUGAAUGAUGACCGACACCCCACCCAGCCAAACAACCCCUUCGUCAUCCACCCCGGAUUGACAGGAUUUUAUUACCCAGAACCAACCCAAGCAGAGCAGGGCACCAGAAUUUACCCCCACUUGACUGGGCUGCAAAACAUUGGUUAUUUCCCAAACCCGAUUUACAACUAAAGCACAGAGCAGCUCCCCCUGUAAGGAUGUAAGGAUGUCAGGGACGAGGAACAAUAAAACAUUACACAAUAUAAGUGUUAAAGUAUUUAAUUAUGUUUUGAAGCUGCAUCACGUCUUGUUGCAAUCAUUAUUUCUGUUAUAAAAUUAUUAUUAAUGUUGUAGUGUUUAAAUGUUUUACUUGGUUAAACAUAUUGUACAAAUACCAUUGCCAUAAAAAAAGUUAAACCUUCAUUCUCAGAAUUUAGUCCUUUUUUAAAACAAGUAAUUUUUUAAAAAUUUUAUUAGGAAUGUCCGAUAAUAUCGGCAGACUGAUAUUAGCAUGUUAUGUUCUUCUGUCAAUAUGUUUCUGCACAAUAUUUUCACUUGCCUCUGUUUAAAUGCCCCAGAGGCUCUGCAAGCCUCUAAUUGGCCCUGGCAAUAAAUUCAAAUUUUCAAUGUUUGUACAAUGUUUUAUUACAAUUGAAAUUUUACCAAAAGGUGGAGAAUUACAUUCAGAUGAAUGGAUAUGAAGACAAAGCAAUGAUAACCUCAGACUCAGCUAAUGAACUCUCUCUUCACGAAGUUGUGUUAACCCUAACAAUAGAAGGAGGGUUAGCGUUAUGUUUCACAGUA